GUAAAUACAAAUUCAAACUGUUUAUCUCGUUUUUUACCCGUUCUUAGCCUCAAUUUUAAUUUGGAUUAAGAUUAUCACUUUCUUCUUGUUAAUUUUCAUCAUUUUUUACACUUUUCAAAUUUCCUUAGUGAUUAUUCAUCUGCAUCAUUCAGCAUGACCGAUGAAAAUAAUUUCGUAUGGGAGUUUGCUUGUCCAAAGUUUGUUGAUUUCACCGAUUCAAAAGUAUUAGCUUUGAAUGCCGAAGAAGCUGAUAAAUAUUUUGAAUCUGAACAUGAAUUCAGCUUUUCUUCACGUAAUCUAAGUGACUGUCUCAAAGUUGAGUCACUGUUAGCUAAAGCUGAAACAAUGGCCUCCCCUCUUAAAACACCUCGUCCUGAAAGCGCGUCUUCAGAUUACAGAACUCCACAAAGCAGAGAGGAGCUUGAAACAGAUGAAGUAUUUUACACCACUAGAAAAUAUUUUUUACGAGAAACCGAAUGUAGGAGAUUAACACAAACUGGCGCCUCACCCUAUAGGAUUCCUGGAACUACUACAAGCAAGAAAAAGUCACGCAGAACACCAUUCCAGCCAAAAGUGAUUGAAGAAAAUGCCAAACAAAUUGAAGAAGAAGAGCUUUUGGUUAAGAAUUUAGCAAAAGCUUUAUUUAUUGACAAUGAAGAUGCAGAACCUUCAGCUAAUAAAGGAAAAAUGGUCGAGGAAGCCCAAGGUGAAAGUAAAGACAAUAAUUGUGAUGGUGAUUGUGAUGAAAAAGCGUCCGAGACGGAGGAUAAAGAAAAUACCAAAAUUAUCAUCUCAGAGCCGUCUCCUGAAAAAUCAGUUCGAGAAGAUCAAUUCGAAUCAACUGAUGAAGAAGAACCUAAGUAUUCAACCGACGAAGAGGAAGCUAAAGAUUCCUCUGGAGAAUACGAGGAAGCCAAAGAAGCAGUUGAAGAACAAAAAGAAACUAGUGAAUCAACUGAAGAAUGUCAAGAAGUUGCAGUAUCGGUCGAAGAAAGCAGAGAAGCUAAAGAAUCUACUGAAGAAGGGGAAGAAGCUAAAGAAAAAGAAGUCAAAGAUUCAGCUUCUAUUGGUAGUGAUGAAAAGUCUCCCAUAACUACGAGUGCUCCAAAUCGUAAGCCAACCAAACCACACUGGACUCCAACAAAACCAGUUUCACCAAAACUAACAGCAUGUAAACGAAAGCGAACACUAACUUGUGUUAGUAGAGUACAACAAGAAGAAAAUAUUGCUCAAAGCAUAAAGAAAAACACUUUCAAAGCUACACCAUUUAACAAAAAAACAUACUUGUCAACUCUUAAUGUUGGCGUAAAAAGAGUCGAUCCAAAACCAACUACAAAGCCAGUCCCAUUCCACUUCCACAGUGAGGAAAGGAUUAGAGCUCGACGAUCUAAAGUGUCCGCCGAUUUAUUCAGCAAACUUCCAUCAAAAGCACUAACCACCAAGAAACCUCAAAAACCCCUUUUAUCCUGAUUCGUAUCAUGAGCUCAUUAAAUUCUCAACUAACGCUAAGACCAACUGGUUUACAGAAGAUCAAUUCUAUUAAAUCGCACAUUUUGAUGGACAAUUAUAUCAAUCAUAACAAUUUUUUGCAGUAUAACCGUAUUACCGGUUAUCGAAUCGACUAUCUCAAGAACAUAAUCAGGAAAAAUUGUAACUAAUUUCUUCAUCCAACUAAAUUUUUGCUCAAAAACGAACAAUUGAAAUUGAUUGUAAGACUAUCCAAUUGUUUCAUACUGCCCAAAAAAAGAUGUAGAAUAUUUCAACUGAUUAAAUAUUGGUUUCCAUGUUAAAUAUUCUCAUAACAAUUAAACAAGACUUAUGUGUCGCAAAAA